CUAACAUGUCAUUUAAUCCUGAUUGUGUCCCUAAACUUGAGGGAUCAAAUUUUGAGUCUUGGAAAUCAGACAUUAUGAUUUUUGUGGGCUGUAUGGAUUUGGAUCUUGCAUUGAGGAUGGACGAACCUGCUCCUCUUACUGCUACGAGCACUGAUGUUCAAAGGGUUCAGUAUGAGAAGUGGGAGCGUUCUAAUCGCUUAGGUCUGAUGAUCAUGCAGAAAGGAGUCCCAGAACAUGUUCGAGACUCUGUCUCAGCUAAAAAGAACAAUGCUCAAAACUAUCUUGCCGAGCUGGAGAGGGCUUAUGUCAAGAAUGACAAAGCCGAAGUGGGAACACUUUUAGGAAAAUUAACCUUUAUGAAGUUUGCUGGCAAUGGUGGUGUUCGGGAGCAUAUUCUUAGCAUGUCUCAGAUUGCAAAGAGACUGAAGUCGCUGGGGAUGGCUUUACCAGAUGACCUUUUAGUCCAUUUGGUUAUGAAUUCUCUUCCUUCUCAGUAUGGACAAAUUAGGACUUCCUAUUCCUAUAAUUUGUCAGAUCGAAUAAUGGGACUCUCAAUGGACUCUUAA